AGCUGAGUAUCGUCCAGCCCAGUCAAUAGUUUCUUAUUGAAGAAGUUGUGCGUUGGCAGUGUCGAGAAAGUUCUUUCCGCGUAUAAAAAUGGUGCUGAACGUACCGAAUAUCAAGUUCUACAAUGGAAACACUAUUCCAAGCUUUGGUUUGGGAACAUGGAAGUCCAAGCCUGGUGAGGUGACUCAAGCAGUCAAGGAUGCCAUCGACAUUGGUUAUCGUCACAUUGAUUGUGCUCAUGUUUACGGAAAUGAGAAAGAAGUUGGUGCAGCCAUCAAGAGUAAAAUUGCAGAAGGUGUUGUAAAGAGGGAAGAUCUCUUUAUUACCAGCAAACUUUGGAACACUUUCCACAGACCAGAUCUUGUCGAGCCAGCAAUUAAAAAAUCUCUAGAGGACCUUGGUCUUGCAUACCUAGAUCUUUACUUGAUUCAUUGGCCUUUUGCUUACAAGGAAGGUGCUGACCUUUUUCCCACAAAUCCUGAUGGUAGUAUCCAGCUCAGUGACGUUGACUACAUCGACACUUGGAAGGCUAUGGAAGCUAUCAACAAGAAAGGACUUGCUAAAAACAUAGGAGUCAGUAAUUUUAAUUCAGAACAGAUUGAGAGGGUAUUGAAGAAUGCAAGCAUCAAACCUGUAACGAAUCAAAUUGAAUGCCACCCUUACUUGACUCAGAAAGAACUCUCUGAUUUAUGCAAAGCAAGGGAUAUUGUUGUUACUGCUUACAGUCCAUUGGGAUCUCCUGAUAGACCAUGGGCUAAACCUGAUGAUCCCAAACUUCUAGAGGAUGUUAAAUUAGUGGAACUUGGGAAGAAAUAUAAUAAGACUGGUGCUCAAAUCCUUAUCCGUUAUCAGCUUGAUCGUGGCCAUGUUGUUAUACCUAAAUCAGUGACUAAGUCCCGCAUUGCAGAGAAUGCUCAAGUAUUCGACUUCAAACUUGAUCCUCAAGACAUUGCAUAUAUUGAUAGCUUCAAUGUAAAUGGCAGAAUUUGUCCCAUGACUGCAGCUGAGAGUAGCCCUCACCAUCCCUUCAAGAUUCCGUUUUAAAGAUCAAAUAAACUUGAAGUUUCGUUGACACGCAUAUCUUGUUUUCGAAUUAAAGUCAUAAUAGUAAGAACAUCAAAUAUCAAAUGAUCUACCAUACGUACAUCAUUCUAUGUAUAUUUAUAAACACAUUUAUAGAUUUCUGAGAAAUUUAUAAUAAAAUAUCAAUACUCACACAGA